CGGUCGUUGAGCGGGCAAAAGAAGCGCGGGAAUUCGAAGACCCCAAAUAAGUUUAAAUCACUUCGCGGGCGGUUGUUUGAAUGCUACGAAAGUGAAUACACUGGGAUCUCCAGACUCUGUUCUGAAUCUGAAUCUGAUUCAUCGCCAACCCACAACCGGUCUUUAGUUGCGGGAAUGUGUGCCAACUGGGAUGUGGGCGUGUCCGCCCACUCCCCCUUCCCCUCUCGCGAUAAAGUGAAGUGCGGCGGAGUGGAGUGCAAGUAUGCCUCCCUUUUGUGAAAUACUGUGAGCUACGACUUCUGGCUGCUGCGGUUGGCUCUGCCAAAUAAAGCAAGAAACAAGCUAAAACAUACGUUCUCUGCGGUCUGACUCGGUGAAAUAAAAACAAAAAUCCUAGAACGGAGGCGGAGGAAGCAGUCACGUCCGUACUACCAAAAGCCCCUUCCCCUGGGUGAAAUGUGGUAUGCAAAUUCAACCGAGAAGACUUCAUAAAAGCAAUGCAAAUAAUUAAAUAAAGGAGCCAGAACAAACAGCACGAAGCAGGAGCAGAAUGACAUGCUACUUGAGCUGGCCAAACUUGGAAUAACUAGCUGCGGGAGAAAUAAAUACGAAAUCCGAAAGUAAAUCCCAAACCAAUCCAACUUCCCGCCCAGGUGCGACAACCGACAAAAGCCCUCGCCCUCGCCCAAGAAAAAUGUCCUGGCGGGAAAAGGAGCGCUGCGCAGGGGGCGACGCUGGUGGACGCGGGACAGGCAUCCUGGCCGGGAGGAGUCCGGGAACUGCCAGCAUACUGUUGGCAUUUCUGGCAGCUGUCAGCUUUCGUGGCAUGCGAGCGCCGCUGGCAGCCACGGCCACUCCCAUGGAGAACGCAUCGCUAAUUGCUCCGCCGGCGACGGGAACAACCACAAUGGCGGUGGACACGGGCUCAACAGGAUCUCCUGUCCUGAUGCUGGGCGACGGCCAGCAGGAGCUGGAGGACACCACGGUGCUGGAUUCUUGGAGCGACAGGCCGGACACUGCGACGCUGACAAAGGGCUUCUCGAUUCCCACGUAUUUGCCGCCGUUUCCCGAGUUCAUCCCCGCAGACAUUCCACACCGGCAGCAGAAUGCCACUUCCAGAGCACCUGUGUCUGUGCAACCUGCAGACAUCAGCCCAUCCGGCAGUGCCAUGCCGUCACCCAACGAGCAAUCCCGUCUGCACGCCUACGACAGCGAACAAAAGGCCCAGCAGCUACGGCGCGAAAAGGAGCUGGCGAAGGAGCGGGAGCUCCUGCCCCGUCGCCAGCUCAGCCUGCCCCCGCUGAACGCCACCGUCCAAGCUGGCCAGCACGCCUAUCUGCCCUGCAAGCUCAACCAGCACUCCGGUAAACCGCUCUCCUGGGUGCGUUUGCGCGACGAACAUAUCAUUGCGGUGGAUCAUACAACCUUCAUCAACGAUGCCCGCUUCGCAUCGCUGCUCCAGUCGUCCACAUCGACGACGAUUGUGUCAGGAGUUGCAACUACCAAGAACCCCUCGGUUGCCCAGAGUAACGUCUCCGCCCAAGGUGGUCCGGAUGUUCAGGAGCGGGGAAACGGCAGCAGCCUCAGCUGGACGCUGCAAAUAAAAUACGUGAAGCUGGAGGACGCCGGCUGGUACGAGUGCCAGCUGGCAACGGAGCCCAAAAUGAGCGCCAAGGUGCAGCUGUUUGUGAUAACACCCCGAACUGAGUUAAUCGGCGAUCGACAGCGCUUUGUGAAGUCCGGUAGCAAAGUAGAGCUGCACUGCAUCGUACGUGGCACCCUAGAGGCCCCAAAAUAUAUAUUCUGGUACCGUGGCGACCAGCAAGUAACUGCCGAAAAUGAGGCAAGCGGUGUCCAAAGUGGAUGGUAUACGCAAAUCGACAGGAAUAUCUUCGGCAGCACCGAGCACAAUCGAAACACGAUAGGUUCACUGGUCAUUCCACUUGUGCGUAAGAUUCACUCCGGCAACUACACAUGUGAGCCGGAAAACAGUGCGGCAGUUUCCAUGCAAUUGCACGUCCUGAGCGGGGAAUACUCUGCCUCCGCCAUAAAGUCAGCAGCUGCAGGCCUCCAUAGACUGGGUCACGGCUACAGCAGUCUUCACCAGUGGUUGAUCUUCCUUCUGGUGGCCCUGAACAAAACAUGAGUGGUCUAGACGAAAUCCUUUUAAGGAGAGCGCUGGAAUUAUCAUCCGCUCGGGGUGUAUUGUCUAAGACAUUAGUUUAAUUUCUAGGUAAAUUGCACUAACACUCAAACGAUUGCCAUUGUUUAUUCCGCUGACACUUCUUAAAGUCUAAGCUCAAGUUUCCGAAUAUAAACAACAUUUUUAUACAAAUUCUAGACUUAACAUUGUUUUCCUUUUCUCUAGCAAUUAGGUUUAGAUAAUAAAGAAUUAACCUAAGCAUCUAAUUCCGAGUAACGAACAUUUAUUUGUUAUUUGCGUAAAUAAAGCCUGAGGCGUCUUAUGU